AUGUGUAUGUGUUACAGAGCAAGCUGCUGCUGCAUAUGCUCCACAAUCUCCAUCAUUGUGAUCUUCUUCAUACUUCCUUUGAUCAUUGUCCCGAUAAUCACAGCACCUAAAAGUGUCAAGUUCCGAGUAACUGAUGUCUUUCUAACACAGUUCAACCUCACAAGAAACAACACCUUGUAUUACAACUUCAAGGUCAACGUCACAGUGACAAACCCUAACAACAAGGUCACAGUGUACUAUAGGAAGAUCACAGCAAUAGCUUGGUACAAAGAUAAUGCUUUUGUUCUGGUGAGUUUAACACCCUUUGACCAAGUCCACAAGAACACCACCUUCCUUCAAGCAGUGUUUGUAGGGCAAAGGGUGAUCAAGCUCAAAUCUAAACAGCUUGGUGAGUAUGAAGAAGAGACAAGCGUUGGGAUUCACAGGGACUUGGCUGUGGAUUUUGAGCUUAUAGUCAGAGCCAGUUGA